AUGGAUUCAAAACACCAUUGGAAAUGGCAUAUUACUACUUACGAUUUAACCAAUUAUACACUAGUGGUUCCCAGCGUUGCUGUAGGGAACGUGGGCCAACUUGCUUCUGAUCUGAUCAUAUCUACUUUGGGUAUGGAAAAGCUUGCAUCUAUAUAUACUCCAGCACAAAUUCCUGUCGUCGGUUGUGAUCCGUAUGAUACAUUUUCGACGACAUUAUCCACAUCAUGCGAAGUGUAUGUUGCAACUUCACAUGAUUUACUUGUUGUUCAGUUACGAGCUCCGCUAGUUCAAAAGUAUGCCCGUAGCUUUUUAGAAAACGUUGUGGACCAGUUUCAACAAAAACAUAUUAAGGAUAUUAUUAUACUAACAAGCAGUUAUGCUCAUGAGAAGAAGCAUAUUAUGACUUCUCCCUUCCGAUACAUUUCAACAGACACAACACUACUGCAAGAACAAAUUGAAGGCGCUAAUUUGACACUUCAUGAGCAGCAAGAAGAGGAUCUAAGAAUCUUUGGUGGUGGCUUUGCUGUACUAUUGUUCAAAAUCUGCCAGGAAAAAAUGUUGCCAUGCUUGUGUUUAUAUAAAUAUUGUUCUGAAGGAGAUAAUAUCCCUGAUGCAUAUGAAAUGGUUAAUAAAUUUCAAAGACUGGUCCCACUUUUUGAUAGGGAGAAGGACAUUGUGGCACAGUUGAUUCAACCAGCAUCAUGGAAACUUUUGUUUGGCCGACCUCCACCUCAGGAAAUCUAUUAA